GCGAAGUCUACAUUAAAUUACGAUGACGGAACUUUUAAUUUUAUUAGUUCAAGAACGAAGGCCCCUGUGGGAUUUUACUAUUCCAUUAGAACAGCGAUGUCAACGCAAAAAAACUCUGGGAUAAAGUGUCAGAAACAUUGAGAGGUAAACUUAGUGGUGUAGAAGCAAAAAAAAAAAAUUUUUUAAUUUACAUGACGCCUAUAGACGAAUAAUAAAUACUGAAAAACGCCCUAGUGGGUCGGCUAGACCUUUCCCUACAAAGAAAUGACACCACUAUGAAUCCAUGGAGUUUUUGCGUGACUUAUGCCUUGUCAAAAAGGGAAGUUUCUAAUAUUGACGCUAUUGAUGUCGAUGACUCUGUGAGUAACAUUGGCGAAUCAAUAAAUGAUGAUGCAACUUGUGAUGGCUCAUCAGAGGCAUCAGGUACAACAACUAAAAAGAAGAAGACCUCGGGACAGCAGUCCGAUGCAUUAGAUAGAAUUGCCGAUUCACUCUGUCGACCAUCAACUCCACUUGUAUUACCACCAGCACCCAAAUGUGAUGAAAUUGAUUCGUCAUUAGCAGUAAUCGGAUGGAGGUUAAGACAAAUGAAUCCAACACAACAAUUACAUGUCAUUCAGCAAAUGAUGAACCUAACUUUUGAUGUACUCACAAAAAAUUAAGUUUUAUUAUUUUUUUAAAAACAUACAUCUGUUACAUUUUUAUAAUAAAGUUUAAAUCAACUCCA